CAGGCCCCCCCCCCCCAAGCGGGGGAGCCCAACGGUUUUGUCACCCCCAGCAGCACGCCAUGGCGGUGCCGUUGGCGCAGCGAGCUGCGCAGCUCGCGCCGAAGGAGAGAGCCAUGCUGGAAGCAGUGGGGUGGCCCAUGGAACUGCUGGAGGAUCCGUUGAAAGCUCCACGUAAUGUUGAGAACCCGCAGAAGUUUGCUGAAGCAUUGCUCUUGGAGGAUCAUUUGGAGGAGGUGGUCAUUUUGCCCGAUGGCCUGCGCAGGGUGGGCCUCUCUGCGGAGGAGGCCUUGCCUUCCUGGCUCACGAAGGCCAUGGCCGAGGGCUCUGUGCUGAAGUGCCUGCGUCGCUUGGGGCCGCAAGAGCUCUCCGAGCACAAGGCUGCCCUGGAGUUCCCAGACGAUCGGGGCGUCCAGCGAGAGGCCUUACCAAGACCGUAUCCUUUUUGCCUUUGGCAUGGUGAAGGCCUGGCGCACAGCAGCAUGCCGGAGGCCUGGCGCGACCUGCAGCAGCGGCUGAGCGCCGCCGAAGCGCUCUUGGAGCGCGGGGAGUUGGAGGAGUCGCAGCUCUAUGCGUGUGAGAUGCGACGCUUGCGGGAGCGCACGGCCAACGCGGCGGCCGAGGCGUAUGGCGUCACGGAAAGCACCAAGAGCCUGUGCUUACGCCAUGGGAGAGAUUGGUUGGCACAUUUGGCGAAGUGGACCUUAUACUGGAAUUGCUACGACGAUGGAGUCUUCAUCGGCGGGCGAGGCAGUGGAAAAGGUCUUCAUGUGGACCAGGUGCUUUGGAGCAACCUGGGAAAGCACUGGCGGGGACACAAGAUCCUCGUCACUUGGCCAGCAGGCGCCGAGAGCGCACGCCUGGUGCGGGACAUGGGCGAUGCGCAUUUCCGUGCACCGUUGGGAAAAGAGCAAUUGGAGGCAUUGAAGUGUGCCCGGUGCAUUGCCCUCCUGCGGCCUGGGGACCUGUUUCUCUGCAGCGGUGGUGUGGCCCAUGCCACCUUGAGUGUUUCAGAUGAGUUGACCUGCACCGGCUACGAGUCUUUGGUUGCCAUGCACCCUCGCUUGGUGGAGCAUGUCUUGCAGACAGGGACGGCGAGUGGCCCUUGUGCUUUGAACAAAGGUGUGAUGGAGUGUGAUGAGCUCAAAGAGCUGCGAGAGGGCAUGCUGCAGCGCUUGACGGCGCUCUUGCAGGAGAAGGCACCUAAGACCAGCGAGCUGAAGUCGGACGGCCUGGGCGAGAGUGUGGCACUGCCUGCGGUGCGGCUGAAGAAGCAUUUGGCCGAAGCUGCUAAGCAGAUGGCCUUUGAUCCCAGCUUUGCGGUACUCGCCAAGGGAGCCGGGGUUUGUCGCCUCCUGGCUGCUAGCGAUCGCAUUCUGGAGGAAUUGGAGCCCUCGCAGAAGCGACGUCGCACCGGGGGAUGAUUAUUUGUAAAAACAUUGAAAAAUGUUCAAUCAUUUUUAAGUAUUAUAUUUAUCUAUUUGUAAUUAUUUAUUGCAUUUAUCUAUAUUUUUUUUUUGUAGUUGGACAUAUAUGUAGAAAAUGGUAUUGAUAAAAUACAAUAUUUUUGGAAGAUUUGAUUUAAAGGCUUACGUUUGACAGCCGCGCGCCGGCCGACACAUGAGAGGGAGGAAGGACAUGGUGAAAAAAAG